CCGUUAGCGAAGGCAGUGGAGCAGACUCAUUUGAUCUCUCUCUCAAAGUGGCCACUAGAUGGGACAGAGCACCACACCCAGCAGGUGUGUGGGUUACAUCUACUCUACGUGGCCCAGGUUCGGGCAAUGGACCAGAUUUCAGGGAGACCAACGGCCUGGCCCGUGAGGAGCUUGGGUUGAGUCUUGAGGUCACAAAUUUCAAAGGCGCGUUUUCUCGAGUGUCCAAAAGCUGCCGUGGCGCCUUGAGAGCCGGUCGAAGGGUGGAGUUUGCGGCGGGGCCAGCAGAGGGGUCACAGCUGGUUCCCAUUGCGAAAUAUCAAGAGAUGUCUGAGAGAAGGGCCGGACCUGUCUCUGCCACACGGCAGCCGGUCAGAGCUUGUGAUGUUUCUGUGUCAUCCAGGAUGCAUUGGCCAGUCAGCCGCGAACCCUCCAAAUUCCCCAAUUGCUGCCAUGCAGAUGCCCCGAGAAAACCAGCGCGGCUCCCAGAAACAGAUCCCCGGCGCGGUGCCGAUCUGCUCUCCGAUGUCAGCUGCUCUACGGGGACAGUACGACUCAGCUCUGGCGCCCAGAGCUACGCUGGCAAACCGCAGCCCCCUGUAGACGCAGGCUGUGCUGAUGGAAGAUGAAAUCACCGCCCCACGUGGGGGUCGCUUAGUCAGUGGAUGCAGACAGUGGUCAACCUAGCCACAGCUACACUACGUCGUUCAGGGGGGCAGUGGAUUUUUUCAUACCUCUCACCCAUGUAGCUGUAUCCACCUACGUUUGAAGUGAAGACAAGGCCUCGGUCCAAAAAGCCUUCCACUUAACAUAUCCUUAAGUUAAUUGAAGGGUGAGUUCACGGCUAUCAAACUCAAUGAGGGCUGUGAUUCACCCGGUCAUUACGCCCUCUCAGUUCAACAGCACCCGGCAGCAGAUGGAAACUGGUUUUAGGGUGGAGAGGAGGCUGUCACUCAGGAACCCCUGGGUCCAAUGACCCCAGAUUUGGAUCCCCAAUACUGUCCUGCAUCCCCGUGAGCCGCACCAAAUUUAAAGCAAGCCAAGUAAGGAUUCGGCUUCUAGCGCGUGUGGAAACCCACUAGCUUGUUUCCGGCCUGGGCGCAGCCGCAGUGUUAAAGAACAAGGCGACGUUUUCUUUAAUACCGUUCUCGGUAUGGGUCCCCCGAAGAUUUUGUGGGUGCCACACACUCCGUUGGCUAAAACUCAACACACCAAGGUCACUCUGAUCCGCAGCACGUCAGUCAUUCGCUUUCUCUCGCUCUGAGCAAAAAACAACACGCAUAGAAACUUUUUGAAAAGCGGCUCUUUUGGGGCAGGCGCUAUCUCCGGCAUCCGAGGCUCAAAUGCUCCCAAAUCAGGGUCACUAGCCCUCCUCCACACCCUCCUGAGGGGCACCACAUUUCAAAGGGCGCCGCCGAAGCUGGUGGAUUUCAGAGGCCUUGGGAACAGGCGGCUUUAACCAGAAGUCCCUGACGCAACCUGAAUUACCAUGCGAGAGGCGGCGGCUGGGAACAGACACGCCUGGGCGGCUGCCCCUGGAUCCGUUCCCAGCUGGGUGUGCUGGGCGGGGGCCUGGGCUCCCUGCCCCAGAGCUGGGAUAAAACGGGGGCUGCUCCGACACCCAGCCAGACGCAGGCUCGGCCGCCAUGAAGCUCCUCGGGCUCCCGCUUCUCCUCGUCCUGCUGGCCGUGACGCCCCCCGGCUGCCAGGGCAUCAUCAUUCCCCGGUGCCAGCUGGUGCGGAUCCUCCGGCAGCACGGGCUGGAGGGCUUCGUCGGAGAACGGGUGGCUGAUUGGGUCUGCCUGGCAAAGCACGAGAGCAGUUACAACACCGGGGCCAUCAACCGCAACAAGGACGGCAGCUCGGACUACGGGAUCUUCCAGAUCAACAGCAAGUACUGGUGCUACAACGGGCGGACGCCGGGGGCCAGCCACGGCUGCCGCAUCCACUGCAGCAAGCUCCUGGAUAACAAUAUCACGGACGACAUCAAAUGCGCUAAGCUCAUCGCACAGCGGGCGCGUGGCCUCACGCCCUGGGUCGCGUGGAGGAACCACUGCAGGGGGAAGGAUUUGCGGCCGUACGUCAAGGGAUGCUAGAGCCCAGAGCCAGCCGCACCGACAGCUGGGGGUGGGGCAUGGGAUGG